GGCUCGCUCCUGCACUCAGCGGGGUGUGUGAGAAUGGUUGUAUUUCCUCAUACACCGUCCGAGUUAGUGAGGAACAACAUUGAAUCUUUUCCUUAUUUUCCACAAAAUGCUGCUGCGCUGAAAGUGGGCUUGUGAACUGCCGAGUGCUGACCAGUCCAGGGAACAUGUCACGGAUUUUGUGAAUACCAAAGGGGCACGUGAAUUGGGAAGCCCAGAUGGAGGUGUUAAUGCCCGAACCUCAGAUUUAUGUGGAGAAAACUCUGGCUCUAAUCAAACCUGAUGUCAUUCAUAAGGAAGAAGAAAUAGAGGAUAUCAUUCUCCGAUCAGGAUUCACAAUUGUUCAGAAACGAAGGCUCCAUUUAAGCCCCGAGCAAUGUAGCAACUUCUAUGCAGACCAAUUUGGAAAAAUGUUUUUUCCUAAUUUAACAGCCUAUAUGAGUUCUGGUCCUUUAGUUGCUAUGGUUCUUGCCCGACAUGGUGCAAUCUCAUACUGGAAGGAAUUGCUUGGACCAUCCAACAGCCUAAGAGCUAGGAUAACUCACCCUCACAGCUUAAGAGCACUCUAUGGGACUGAUGAGCUGAGGAAUGGGCUUCAUGGCAGCCUCAACGUUUCCUCAGCAGAGAGAGAGAUUCGAUUCAUGUUUCCAGAAGCGAUCCUGGAGCCAGUUCCCACUGGACAAAGAGCAAGGGAUUACCUGAACCUGUAUGUGAAGCCAACGCUGCUGGCUGGGCUCACUGCCCUGUGCAAAAAGAAGCCAGCAGACCCAAUGAUUUGGCUUGCUGACUGGUUGAUCGAACACAAUCCAAAUAAACCUAAACUACAAUUUCGUCUCUGAGGAACAUCAGGGCUGAGAGCUCAGUGGAAACCACCUCAAGCAUUUCAGCUACAGAUGAGUAUUAUCAGUGUGUCCCUUGACUGUGUAACCAAUAUUAUCUGAAAUAAAUGCAUUUAUUAUAACUUGUGCCUUCAUGGAAUAAAUAACCUUACACUUAACCAGGA